CCCGGCAGCGCGGCUCGGGCGGGCGGCGGGACAUCGCCGUCCCCUCACGGCGCCGUGUGUUCUCUCCGCAGGGAGCUCGGCUCGCCCUUGCGCCGCUCGGCAGGCCCGGAGGUGCCCGGGGCCGCAGGGUUUCCUCAGUAGGAGAACAGAAAAGAUGUUCGAUAUUAAGGCUUGGGCCGAGUACAUUGUGGAGUGGGCUGCCAAGGACCCCUACGGCUUUCUCACCACUGUGAUCUUGGCUCUGACGCCACUGUUUGUCAUCAGCGCGGCGCUGUCGUGGAAGCUUGCAAAGAUGAUUGAGGCCCGGGAACGAGAGCUGAAGAAGAAACAGAAACGCCAGGAGAACAUUGCAAAGGCCAAACGAACAAAGAAGGAUUAAAUGGGCAAAAAUGGCCUUCCUUGUGCAAAUAAUCCACUUUUAAAAUGAAAUACUUGUACAUAUUGUGUUGCAACUGCCCUUUGAUACUUGAUCCUGUUAUUUCUUGAAGUAUAAAAUUUAAUACUUCCAGUGUAAUUUUUUCCUGCUGAUUUGUGUUAAAAUUUGCCCAAGUGACACUUGUUAGAGUAAUUAAAUUUACUACUUGUAUUCUAGUCUAGGUUGCUUUUCUAAAUUUGCAUGUUAAAUUAAAAAAAUAACCUCUUGGAUGGCUUUGGAGGUAGAUUUUUUUUUCCUCUUAGAUGAGCUAUGACUUAACAAGUGUCUUAAAAUUAUCAAGUUUAGGGGAAAAUGUGAAUAAUAAACUGGAUUACAGAAAUGCAAUUUUUGGCAUACCUUGAGCAGGUCUGUAGAGACAAGCUACCUGUAGCAUUAGAUAGCAGACAUGACUGAUUUCAUUUAAGGUCACUGCAUAUGGCUGUGUGUGCCCAUAGUGGCUGCUGCAGUGUCUUUGAUGGUGCUGCUUGUCUGCAAAAAUAACCUACCUUACCUUUUACUUUUUCCUGAACUACAAGCCAUGAACAGACUUUAACUUCAGCCCAAGUUCCAGGAAACUGAUUGCUUGUUCUUACUAGCUUCAUUUCUCUUAAGGCACUCAUGUUCUAUAAAAUACAGUACUGUUGUUUGAGCUUCCCUAACAAUCACCUGAAUGCUCCACCUGUAACUAAUUUGGUUUUGCCUUCAUAAAUUCUUUAUGCCUCAAAGAAUAGCCAUAAGUUGGGUGAGACCAAAGACCCAGGUGUCCUAGUGUUCUGCUAUAGCAGAUGGCUGUGCAAGGGUGUUGCAUGAGCUGGUGACAGUAGUUCUGGUGACAGUAACCACCUGGCUACCUUUGAUCUAAGACUUGUGUUUAGGUAGGAUUUUUGUUCUCAUGGCCCUUCAAACUCUGCUGCCUUAAAGGUUGCAAGAUGCUGACAUAGUCAAAAAAGUCAGGUUUGUGUUGUAAAUACAUCAAAAUUAUCUAACCUUAUUUCCAAUUAAUCUCUUCUUAAUAGACUUGAUUAAUUUUUCAAAGCCUAAUUUUUUAAUAAUAGUCUGUGGUGGCCUCUACAUAGUAUAUUUCAAAAGAGCUUGUAGCAGUCAUUAAGAUUUUACAUUUUGCAUCAGCACAGAGUUGUGCAUUCUAGCAGCUACUCUUUGAUCAGGUUUAAAAAUAAAACCUUAAAAUAAUACCAUUGUUCAAAUGAAGAGACCUAUAGAGCUGGCUGACACCAAGGGGGAUCAGAAGUGGGGAGUCUAACUGAAAUUACUUUUAAGUAAAUUUGAAGUUGAUCCCCUUUCAAUUUUGUUGGUGAAAGCAAGCAUUAUUGGAAUAUGACAUUUGGGCAUUUUAUAAAUAUGUGAGAUUAAGUCUCCAUGUUUUGUAUGAAGUGUUGUCAAAUAUGUAUGUGUUCUACCUUUGAUACCUACAUAGCUUGAAACACAGGGAGGAAAACUGAUGAGGGAUACACUCCAUAAAUAAAUUUGAUACUUUUUGAAAAAAAUUGUGUCGUCUUCAUUUUUAUUUGAAGUUCUCAAACAUCAUCUCUAAGCAAAUAAUCUGCACAUUUUAUGUAUCCAAACUAUGGCCAAAAUGAUCUCAUCAUCUAGGGAAGUCCAUGGAUACACAAGGAAUAAAAACUAGUAUUUUUUUUAAUAUUCAUGACAGUCCCUUGUUCCAGACCCAGUGUUAUUUUCCAGCAGCUUUAUCAAGUACUUCUAGCUUCUAUUAUAGCAGUUAUAUGUAUUUUAACUGGUUUUACCCU